AUGGAUGUGUGCGUGGCGGUGGCAGGUGUGAUCUCAACGGACCGCAAGAAGUCGGACGAGGAGCUCGUGGAGAUGGCUCGCUCCUACAGCAUCGUUGGCAAGGAUCUGAUAACGGGGGUGACGUGUGAGAAGCCGUACGUGUGGGUGGACCCCACGGGCGAGUGGGAGUUCAGCAGCGAUGCCAAGGAGGUCUCCAUGGCCAACGCCUUCCAUGUGGUGGCGUACGACUUUGGCAUAAAGCACAACAUUCUGCGCCGCCUGGCGUCGUACGGCUGUCGCAUCACAGUCGUGCCCUCCACCUACCCGCCUGAGGACCUCGCCAAGCUCAACCCCGACGGUGUCCUCUUCAGCAACGGGCCGGGCGACCCGUCGGCGGUGCCGUACGCGGUGGAGAGUGUGCGUGCGGUGGUGGGCACGGUGCCGGCGCUGGGCAUCUGCAUGGGGCACCAGCUGCUGGGGCAGGCGCUGGGCGGCCGCACCUUCAAGCUCAAGUUCGGCCACCACGGCGGCAACCACCCCGUGCGCCACCUCGCCUCCGGCCGCGUCGAGAUCAGCGCGCAGAACCACAACUACGCGGUGGAUCCGGAGAGUCUGCCGGAGGGCGUGCAGGUGACGCACAUCAACCUGAACGACGGCACGUGUGCGGGGCUGGCGUACCCGGCUCUCAACGUCAUCAGCAUCCAGUACCACCCCGAGUCCUCCCCUGGGCCCCAUGACGCCGACCCAGUGUUCCAUGACUUUGUGCAAAUGAUGAUCAAGCACCAGCGGGCUGGAUGGGACGCUCCCGCUGCUAGCACGACCACCACGCGCCCGGCCGCUCUCGCCCGCAUCGCGAUUCGUUUCCGCGUGCGCGGCAUGUCGUGGCGCGGGCUGCGCGGGUGCUGGGGGUGGUACCAGCAGCAGCUGUCGCGGCGGCCGGUCCGCACGCAGGUGGUCACCUCCACCGUGCUGUGGGGGUCGGGUGACGUCAUCGCGCAGCAGAUCGACCGACACAUGGCUGACCGACACGCGGGCGAUGCGCACGUGGCCGAUGCACACGUGGCAGCGCGAGUCAACGUGGGGUCGCGGCAGGCAGAUGGGGCUGCGUCGCCCGACCAUGCCCGGGACUGCGCGCGAGGGCCCGUGGCGGGUGGCCGUGAGUCGGGCGCGGGGGCGGUGGCAGCGCGAGCGGGCGAGCAGCUCAACUACCGGCGCGUGGUGACGACGGCGCUCUUCGGAGCGGGCUUUGUGGGCCCUCUGGGUCACUACUGGUACGAGGGGCUGGAGGGCUUUGUGAGGAACCGCCUGGGGCUGCGGCCGUCGACGAUGCGGUUUGUGGCGGCGAAGCUGUUUCUGGACACAUUUGCGUUCGGCCCCGUGCACCUGGCAGCCUUCUUCACGUACACGGGGCUCGUGGCCGGCCACUCGCUGCACCAGAUCCGCACUGACCUCGCCCGCGACUUCCUCCCGGGCUUCCUGACAGAGGCCACAGUGUGGCCCGUCAUCCAGACUGUCAACUUCAAGCUCGUGCCCGUGCAGCACCAGCUGCUCUUUGUCAACUUCUUCUGCCUGCUAGACAGCGCUUGGCUAUCGUGGCUCAAACACCAACAAGAUGCUCCUUGGAAGGCCUGGCUUGCGAAUACAUUGUUUGGUGGCUCAGAAUCCAAUUUUUAA